CAUAAAGAAACGUACAGCGCCUUGUAGAUGCCGCUGUCAUUGGCAAUGGGAGCGAGGUCGUAUCCGGAGGAGGAAACGUGAAGCAGAAGGCAGUGGGCGCGGUAUUAUUGGUCGUCACAUCGUAUCUCGACAGGCGCGUGCGACAGAGAGACGGCCGAGCGAGGGAGAGGAAGCAUGUGUGGCAAGCGGCAUCUGCUCUACAGGAAUCGUGACACCGUACGCGAGGAGGAGCCCAGGGAUAGGUCCGUACGAGGAAUGCAUACAGUACGUCGUGUACUGGAAUGACCGUGUCUCCGAAAUGAAUGCAUCGCGAGACCAGACAACAUGAAAUGUGCCGAGAUUGCGAGAUGAGCCGAGAGUCGUCUGACAUGACAGACGAGAGAGUUGGAGAGCGAGCGAGCGAGAGAGGGGGAGAGAGAGAGAGAGAGAGACUGCAGGCAGGCAGGCAGGCAGGCCAGCGAAGGGCCGGGCGGGGCAGGGGUGACAGAGUUCAGGGAGGAAGGGAGGGGAGGGGAUGGAUCAAGAGAGGAAAGACGGGCGGAGGAAAUAUUCCCCUUUCAUUCUCUCCGACGAGGAUACAGUGCAGCAGACUGUGAAAAGGCGUUGUUGUUUCUGUCCGGGCCACAGCACCAGAACAGUUUCUGUACGUGCUGCUGACAGUCAGGGAAGGUCAAGUUGGAGUGCGUUGGAGCUGUAAUCAUUACCAUGGGUCAAAGGAAUUCCAGCACUCUCCCGGAAUUCCAUCUUCCGGAAGCGACGGGAGUAUGAUCCGAGAGGAAAGCCCGAGACUGGUUUGCGGGGGCCGGGCCGACGCGCGCGGAGCAGAGCAGAGCAGAGCAGGCAGGCAGGCAGGCAGGCAGGCAGGCAGGAGGGAGGGAGGGAGGGAGGGAAGCCGACGCAAUGCAAGGCGUGCCGCCAGAAUCAGCAGCACCAGGCAUGAGGCAAAGAAAGGAACAGAGCAAGGCGAGACCCGAGUGGAGUGUCGGUCGUCGACGGAUUCCCUUUGUGCAAGAAUCGUCGCACCCGGUUGGUUCGUGAUAAUGGGCGGGGCCGAGGUACCGCUUGGUGACGUACGCAGGCAGCGUGAUGUAAUAUACUGUACCCCAGAGAAUGCAUCACAUUAGAUACAUAGAGUUUACCUCCUGCCGCCUCCCCAGCUCCUGCCAUGUCGGGACUCGAGUCUCGUACGUGAGAGAAUUGUUGGUACAGUGAGGAGGACAGCCGGGCCUGACUCGACUGCAGAGAGCAGCAGAGAGAAAGAGUCGUCUAGGGCAGAGAGAGAGAGCG